CCUAUAAUCCGAUGUGAACUGCUUUUCCCCCAUUGCCUUCUUAUUGUUCUCUCGAAAUGAUGUCUAAAAUUAUGUAGCAAUUUUGAAUGUUUAACAUCCUUUCUAUAGAAGUUUCUCUUUCUCAAUUGUCGUGAAUCCGCGUGCUUGCUGAAUUUGUUUAUGUCUUUUAUCUAAUGUAAGUGAUUACAACUUCCUACUGAACGCAUAACACAGAGGCAACCAGUUAAAAUAAUUGAAUGUACGUUGAACAUCAUUGUUUAUAUCGUGUCCACGGGUCUCAUAUGUUUGAUUUGGGCUGUGGUUAUACAUAUGUGUCAUUGGUGUGUUAAGGUUGCAUAACAUUGUCUAAAGAACUCAAUUUGUUUACUAAAAGAGAAAUCUGAAUGAAAAAGGAACUGAUGAUAGAGAUAUGGGUAGCGAAAUGCACUUCUAUUACUAUUCAAGACCCUGCGUGUAAUGCAUUGUAUGGUGUAAUCGGCAAUAGAGGUGAGGACUCUUAGUUUCAUGUACAUUUUGGCGUCAUUUUGGUCCGCUAGGUUGACAAUUUGGGGUUAUAGUUGAUUUUUGGUUAUUUAUUUCUCUGGAAUUAUUUAUGUUCAGAUUUUGUAGUAAAAAUACUAUUUGUGAACUUCUAUAGUCUUUACCACUAAACAAAUCUUCUAACUUCAUUGAGUUGGAGAUUGUGCUUAGGUUCUACUUGCUUUAAUUUAGGAUUUGUCUUGAGUGGGCAGAAAAUGUCUUAUUCAUUUCUUAAUUAUCCUAUCUUACACUGUUACAACAAUUAGAGCAGUAAAAUGAGAGCACAUAUGCUACUUUUUACUGCCUGAUUCUACUUGCUGCCCAAACUUAAAUACAUUCAAGAUUGGAAACGAGAUAAUCAUGGAGUUGUAAAACUAAAUGGAUGUGGAGUUUUUAUGGGGCUACCACUAUCUUAAUGUUGAUGUAAUAGUCAAGAAUUUGUGUAAUGAAUUGAUCAUUAUGUUUCCUUUUUAUCUUCUCUCCACAAUUGCUGGUAUGAUCAUGAUUUGGGAUAUCAUGAUGUAAAUCCCACUUUCGGUUUUGGAUCUCGGUGCUCUAUUAAAAGAGGCUAGGAAGCAAUAAAGAUGAGCAUAUCAUUUUCCAUAAAAUCUCAAACGUGAAGAGCCUUAGUGGAUAAAUGAGCUUAUGCGAAGGUAGUCAAACUGGUUUAAACUGUUAUGUCGGUUCCGUAAGUGAUAUAGUUUGAUGUCGAUAUUAAUAAAAUAGACGAGGAAAGUGAGAAGCCAUUAACAUUAGCUGAAUCGUGCAUAUUUAUAUAAUAUAUCUUAAAAUGAACAAUUUAUAAUCAACAUUCAUAAUUAAAUAAAAUAUUUCAUUAUAAACGAAUGUCAAAAUAUAAUAUUUAAAUACAAUAUUUAGCGCUUAGAAUUCAAAAAGUAACAUCAACAAUUAAAUGCUCAUACUUUAAUCCAACAAAUUAUUUUCUUUUUUUUAAUUAAUUCAACCAAAAAGACAUCAGUUUAUUCAUGUACUGAAAAUUGAUUAUUCUUUUUUUUUUUCCAGAUUUGAACGAACUCCACCAUUUUUUCUGAAUUCUCAAUUAAAAAUUGUUCAACACAAAUUAACAUUCCGGCCAACCAAUGAAGUAUAAGCUAGUUUUUAUUUAUAGUGCUAUCUUCCCGGCUGCGGAAAAAAAACAACCGAGCCACAAGGUAAGACAAUGUCCACCUGGAACUAUGCAGUGGGUAGGUUUGUUGACAAAACCAUCGCUUUCAGAGCCAUUUUCACUAUGCAUCAGAGAAGCACCAAAACUUUGUCCACAACAUCAAGGGUCAAGUUAGGUUCAGACAAACCCUACCAUCACCAUGGGCCAUUAUUGUUAGAUUGGUAAUGAUUAGCUGAAUAUCCGCUGUGAAAUUCCUCGGCGUCCCCCUUCUAUAUCUGUGCAUUCCUUCCUUUCAUACACUCAGUCCUCCUCGUUACUUGGCCACCGGACUCGACCGAUCAUAGACUCCUAUUUCCCCGGCCGGCCAGGGUUAGCGGCACCCUACUUUACCAAACCAGAGCAUCAAUUAAUAGGAUUUAGAUAACAACCCAACACCAACCCUGUCAGACUGUGAAAGCUCUUUCUAAAGACGACACCAAGCCAAGCUGGCAUAGAAAGAUUCGCAUUGGAGUCAUAUUUAUUUCCAGAUCCACAGAACUCCACUUCCCAGAAAAAAAACCCACCUGAAACUUUGAAUCCAGAUAUGCUCUCGCUUGGUUCGCUCCAUUUCUGCUCCCAGCUCCAGUUUCAAAAAGCUCUGCAAUUUACAAACGAUUAUGUCUCCCAACCCCAACCCACUUCAAAUCUCAGAGCCCGGAAAACGAUCACGGUGGCAGCAGCAACGCCGGCAACUGCUUCAAGCUUUGGUUUCACCAACCUGGUGGAAACCUUUACGGUAGAUGUGCAGAAAGCAGAGAGCAGGCCGUUGAAUGUGCCUUUAACUGCCCCUUUUACAAUAGCAACUUCUAGGCUUGAUCAGGUAGAAAACGUUGCCAUUCGUAUUGAGUUGAGUAAUGGGUGUGUGGGAUGGGGGGAGGCCCCAAUACUUCCUUUUGUUACUGCAGAGGAUCAGCCUACAGCCUUGGCCAAGGCUGGGGAUGCUUGUGAUUUCCUCACGACCAGUUCCCCUAUGACUUUGUCAUCCAUUCUCCACAACAUUGGUGCCCUUGUUCCUGGCCAUCAAUUUGCUUCUGUUCGGGCAGGGAUUGAGAUGGCCCUAAUUGAUGCAGUUGCUACUAGCAUUGAUAUACCACUCUGGAGAUUAUUUGGUGGCAUUUCUGAUACUAUCACUACUGAUAUAACAAUUCCGAUAACUGCACCUGCUGAAGCUGCUGAAUUGGCAACAAAAUAUCGAGGGCAAGGCUUUAAAACCCUGAAGCUAAAGGUUGGAAAGGAUCUGACUUCUGACUUAGAAGUUCUUCGAGCAAUCCGUGCAGUGCAUCCUGAUUGCUUUUUCAUCUUGGAUGCUAAUGAGGGUUACAGAUCAGAUGAGGCAGUUGAAGUACUGGAAAAAUUACAUGAAAUGGGGGUGGUACCAAUUCUUUUUGAACAACCUGUUCACAGAGAUGACUGGGAAGGCCUUGGUCAUGUUACCCGCAUUGCCAAGCAACGGUAUGGGGUAUCUGUUGCAGCUGAUGAGAGCUGUCGGAGUUUAACUGACGUGAAAAGAAUUGCCAACGAAAGUCUUGCUGAUGUUGUUAACAUAAAACUUGCAAAAGUUGGUGUCAUGGCUGCACUUGAAAUAAUUGACGAGGCGAGGGCAUCAGGGUUGGACCUAAUGAUAGGCGGUAUGGUCGAGACCAGAUUGGCUAUGGGCUUUGCCGGUCACCUUGCUGCUGGUCUUGGGUGUUUCAAGUUCAUUGACCUUGACACUCCCCUUUUGCUGGCUGAAGAUCCUGUUCUUGAAGGUUAUGAAGCUUUUGGAGCGGUCUACAAGUUCUCGAAUGCUAGAGGUCAUGGUGGCUUCCUUCAUUGGGGCAACCUGGAGGGCUGACUUGACACAGACCAUCUCAUGCCUAAACCUCACUAUGCACAACAAAAUGUGUUCUGUUUUCUAUUAUUUUCCUUUUCUUGGUUCGAACUUUAUAGUUACUUGGCGAUUGAUGUUAGACUAUAUGGAAUGUGCAAUCAUUUUCAGUUCCUUGCUCUCUUUGAUUCCCACCAUAUGAAACAUCUAUAUUGCUCAAAAGAACCCACUUCUUUUAUGAAGUACCUGUUGUUUCAGGGCCGAAAUGGCUUCUUAUUCCCUUGAGUUUAGCAUAAGGUCGCGUAAGAGUACACAGCUUCAAGGUUUGGGUGGCUAUGGAACUUACACUUGGUUGGAAGACAUGUCAAAGGAGGAUUAUGUGUGGGAGAUGAUCAGGCAGGUUGCAGUUCAAAUUAUGUUUUUAAGAGAAUUACUGCAUUUGCUGUUUAUCUGUUGGAUUCCAGUGUCAGAAAGCCUGAAGCAGAGCACUAAGCAAUGCUGGUAGCAGCUACAGCUGGGGCAGAGGUGCCAUGAAGCUCAUCGAUAUGACGGCUAAAUGUACUAUCUCUGAGUCGUCAUUUCUAUGCACAUGAUUGGUGAUAGUUUAUCAGAAUCGUUGUUGUGUUCAAUUCUAGUUUACUGAAUUUUCUUGCUUCUUUCAGGAAUUGUACUGGAACCACCUAAACCUAGUCCCUGAUUCGUCACUCUACACUUCUGUGAAUUAUGUUUAUGCAACCGAGUGUCAUAUGGAUGUGGAACUGCUACUUUUGAUUAGAUGCUUCUUAAAUAAGUUUUUUGACAAUGGCAGCCUGCUGCAAUGCUGCUGCAUAAACGAAAGUUACAGUGAACUGAAUGCUGAAUGCACUGCCAUCCAGAAUCCUGAUUCUAGCAUUACUUUCCAACUGCUGCCUAUGAUGGUGACAUGAGUUUCUCCUUUUUACCUUUUGGUAAAGCACACGAAUAAUUGGCAGGAAGAUGCUAACACUUUUUUGUUAUCACCGUACUAACAAUCACAGCCAACAAGAAUUCUCCAUUAUGUUAAUUUCAUUAAUUAAAUAGUUGACCGCAAUCAAUAAAGAUUUUUAUG